GUGGGAACCAUUGAUUGCCACGCAGACGUGACACGUCGCGAUCUUAUUUAUCAAUACCAUAAGCACGAAACACCAGUUUAUAGCCCGUGUCUCUUCACUGCUUCACUAUCGUCUCUCUCUCCAGCGUCGCAGUGAGAAGACGCACUCGUUGUAGAAUAGAAGGAACGCCUCAUUUCGCGCUCUGUUUUGAGUUUUCGCGGCGGAUGACUCCUCGAAGUAAAGCGCAGUCGCUUGGUACGUUUCUCCCUCACGAUUGCGAGAGAGUGAAAGGAAACUUCAUCGCUUGAUGAAUCUCAUUUCAACAUUUUGUGGAAGGAAGAGUGAGUAGAUAUUGAGAACUCUACCUGAAUCCGUCGCUGUGAAAUUUUGCUUUGUUCCGACGGCGAGACAUUCAUUUGAAUCGGUCGCCUCAAGAGAAAGGAAUGAAUACAGGAAGGAGAGCUCUAAAGUUCAAAGGUGGAUCUUCUGCUCCACUGAAUGCUAGUGCAGCUACCAGAAAUUUGAGUAAAUGUCACCUUGGAAGCGUAAUAUUUGGAUGUACAAACAGCACCAUAAAGGAAUGUCUUUCAAAACAGCUCUUUGGUUUGCCUACUCAACACUUUUCAUAUGUGAAGAACAUUGAUCCUGGUUUGCCUUUGUUUCUAUUCAACUACAGCAACAGAAAAUUGCAUGGUAUCUUCGAGGCGGCUAGUUAUGGUCAGAUGAACAUUAAUCCGUAUGGGUGGACUACUGACGGUUCAGAGAGAACACUUUAUCCAGCUCAGGUUCAAAUUCAUGUUCGUAUGGAGUGUCAACCUUUGUUAGAAAAUCAGUUCAAACCUAUAAUUACGGACAACUAUUAUGGCCCCAGUCAUUUCUGGUUUGAGCUAGAUCACGCUCAGACUAAUAAGUUGAUUUCUUUAUUAGCAUCUCAAGCAGUGGCUUCACGUGUACCACAAUUUACAACGAAGUGGAGGACUUUUUGUACAGGCCUCUCCUCCUUGGAAACAAGUGAUGGAAGUGACAAGAUCAAACCAGAAAUUCUGGAGGAGCACUUUGACCUGGCAAGUCAAGUAUCAGACACUGUGGAUGUUAAUUCCUCAUUAGAUGCAGGAAACAGAGCAUUUGAAGCUCAUUUUGAUGCAAAUUUGGCCAAUGAAGAGGAGGAAUACCGAAUAUUCCUUAAACUACAACAACUGGCUACAAAUCAUCAUGAAAGUUCGUUGCCUUUAACAAGUGAUACAGAAUGUACUACCUCUAAUAAGGACACGAAUUUGGAGAACAAGGGUAAUUCUGGCGAACCAAUAGAAUCCAAAGACAACAAUGAAGAGGAUUGUGGUUCUUCUACUGAACUUCAGUCUCUAAUGGCUAAGUUGGUUCAGGAGAUACAAGAGCUAAAGGAUUAUAAAGCAGAACAAGCUGAGAAAAUAGCUUUUUUGGAGACAAAGCUGUUGGAGGCAGAAGGAGAAAUCCAGGAGUUGAAGAGUCGUAUGAUGUCGAGUUCUUUGUCAAACUCAAAUGCAGUAGAACCAGAGAGGGCAGUUGGGGAGGAACAAUUUGAAGACUCAUGUUUGGAUCCUAAUGAAUCCAUUUUUUUGAUUGGAGGAUAUGAUGGUGAAUCAUGGUUGUCAACUUUGGAAUUAUAUGAUCCUUUUAGGGAUGUGAUUAAAUCUCUUAGGCCAAUGAGAAAUGUACGUUCAUAUGCUUCUGUUGCAUGGUUGAAUAGUCAGCUUUACGUUUUUGGUGGUGGUAAUGGUUAUUCUGCAUGGUAUAACACAGUUGAAUCAUAUAACUUGGAGACUGAUCAAUGGACCUUGGGCCCUUCUUUAAGUGCGGAAAAGGGAAGCCUGGGAGGAGUUACCAUUGGUAACAAAUUAUUUGCUAUUGGCGGUGGAAAUGGCAUCGAAUCCUUCUCAGAUGUUGAAAUGCUUGACUUAGAUCUUGGACGAUGGAUCUGUACAAGGUCAAUGCUACAAAGGCGAUUUGCUGUUGCUGCAGUGGAGCUCGAUGGCUUGCUUUAUGCAACAGGCGGGUUUGAUGGCAGCGAUUAUUUGAAAUCUGCUGAAAGAUUUGACAUCCGAGAACAUUCAUGGACCCAAAUUCCUAGUAUGAACGCAAAACGAGGAUGCCAUUCUUUGGUUGCUUUGAACGAUAAACUUUAUGUUAUCGGGGGCUUUGAUGGAGAUUCCAUGGUUUCGAGCGUUGAAGUAUAUGAUCCACGUAUGGAAUCGUGGAUCAUAGGAGAACCCAUGAAAAAUUCACGUGGAUAUGCGGCAGCUGGAGUUAUCAACGAAUCCAUACACGUAAUAGGAGGUGUGAGACUUGACGGGACAAUUAUGGACACUGCUGAGAGUUAUAAGGAAGGGCGUGGGUGGCAGGAAAGUAGGUCGAGGGUCCUAAAGAAGAGGUGUUUCCUAUCAGCUAUUGUUUAACCAACGUCAGAAGACAGAAGCUACGUCUGCACAUGCUUGGUAUGUUGGUAAACUCCUCUUUUGUUCAUUACUGCAACGCCCUAGACAGUGCUGCAAAAGUUUCUUCUGAUUAGAAAACCAAAAACUACCCUUUUUUUUCGUGAAUAUAAUUACGGAUCCCAUACACAAAUUCGUUGAGAACAAACAAAGAAGUGAAACUCAGUUCUUACGCUCCAUUUUUUUUUAAUUGAGCUUAGAACUACUAUUUUUAACUAUG